AAUCUGAAUGCUAUUAAUAAUAUUAGUUGUGUUGGUUUGUAUAGUGACAAGAGAUGCUGAUUUGAUUGAAACAGAGAUAGCUUAAUUAGAGCAUUUAAUAUAAUUGUAGAGCGAGAAGUUGCAUUACUUAAAGGAAUUGAGAGAGAUGGUGAUAAUCAAUUAAUAAAACAUUCCUGUAUUGAAUGAUUAAAAUAGGAAUAGUAAAUAGAUUAAGAAACACUUUAAGAGGUUGUAUAGAAGAAACCUUAUAAGAGUCAGAAUAGUGGAAAAUAGAAUUUAAAUAAAGAGAGAUCAUUUACUAAUAGAAUGUUAAAGAAAUAUUAAUUUAAUAUUACAAAUUCAAUUUUGGAUGCAUCAUUGAUAUAAACGUAAACAAUUAUUUAUAAAUUGAUAGUUUCUAAUAUAAAUCUCCAACAACUGAUAAUUCAUUUACUUAAAUGUUAUAUGUAGUAACAAAUAAACAGGAAAUUGAGAUUUAUGAUUUAUCUAAUACAAUGAUUGUAAAUACAUAAUUAGGUAGACAAUUAUUAAAAUAAUAGAAUUUUAACCUUAAUAUGUAUCUAUUAGUAAUAGGGCAGAUGAUCCAAUUAUAGCUUUAGCAAGUAUUUUGAUUAAUUUUAUAAUAUUUAGAUAAGAUUGGACAAUUUGCAUUGUAUAAAAUAGAAAAUUAAAGAAUUUCAGUAGAAUAACUUGAAUCUUAAAAACCAAAGACAAAAUUAGUGAUAUAAUUAAACAAAGAAUUCGAAAUGAAUGUAGAAAAUUAAUAAAUUACAUCAAUGAUUUAUGCAAUGGUAAAAGGUACAAAAUAUAUACUAUUUGGUUCAAAUAGUGGAAGUGUUUAGUAUUUAUAUAAAUAUAAUAAAAAUAGUGUAUAUAAUCGAAAUGGAACAUUAGUAGGUGAAAAGAAUUUCAAUACUCCAAUCUUAUAAGUGAUAAAAUCAUAUCCAAAUAUGUUAUAUUUAACGGCUACUGGAUUUGGAUAUAUAAAUCCAAUAAAUGUAGAAAUUGUAUAACCAAUUUGUGAUAAUGUAUAUCUUCAUUAAUUAUUCUUAGUUACCAUUUUAAGUUGUUCAUUUGGCUUUAGAUAUUCAAUAAACAAAUAUUGUUUAUGCUUUAUCAGAUUAAGGAGAAGUAUAUGUUUUUGAAAUCAAAUAAAAUGAUUAAUGCAAAAUGAAAUUGAAAUUAGUGAAUAAUCAAUAAACUUCAAUUGUCUUUAAUAAUGCAAAACUAUAUAGUUUAAGACACUAUUUAAUUGUAUAUGACUAAAAUAGUAGAGAAUCCUUAUUAUAUAAUACUACAGAUAUUUUGACUGAAGUAGAUUAUGAAUAACCAUUUACACUUGAAUUCUUUAAAUAAAUAAAUGGUUAAUAAGUUGUUUUAUAAUCUAUUAAAGGAAAUGGAGCAUCACAUUAUUUACUCACUAGAGAAGUAUAAAAUGAUCAUGAACUGAUCAGUUAUUUUGAAAUUACUAUGCCUUAAAAAAAAGACACAGAUAUCUUCUCAAAUUUUAGAUUCCCAAUUAUUAUAAUAGCUAUUGUAAUUGUACUACUAUAUUAAUUUUGGUUUAAAGGAAAAAAGAAAGAUAAAAAAGAUAAAUCAUCAAAAAAAAAAAUUAGAGGAGAAGAUGAAGAAAUAGAAUAAAUAUUGAAUUAAGUCAAAAAACCUUAAACUGGACCUAUGGGAUCUGCUUCUACUAUUUAAAAUAGAUCUCCUACAAGAUCAGAAGUAUAGAAUGGAUAAAAGUAAGUCAGAUUUGAUGAAAAUCUUAAGCGAGCAGACAAAUUUAAAGAGUAACUUGAUAAUUUAGAUUAAAAAACAAAAUUGUUAAAUGAAAGAGUUGGAGUUCCUAAUAAUCUUGAAGCUCAAAGAUAAAGUAAUAAUAUUUAGUAAUAUUCAUUAUAGAAUUAGCAUAACAAGCAUUACUGUAAAAAAAUAAAUAUGUAUGA